CACCAUGUCUCGCGAGAGAAGCCGAGCUCCGCUUGACGAGAGUUGAGACGUUCAGGUGUAAGAGCCCUUCUCUCAUCCCUGUCGGCAGCCAGUGGGAACAGUAGACGACAGAUAAGUGCGUCGGCCUUGGGAGACUGCAGGCAUCUCUGACGGUGAUCUUUCCGUGCUCAGGGCUGAUCCGGUUGUACUCAACACCGUCAAACUAUUGCAUCGUUACGGGACCACUGUCUAGGCUACUACAGCUUUCCAUCUCGUCCAUUUGUAGACCCUAUUCUUCACUUAAAAAGCAUUUUUUUGAAAGAGAAGCAGUUGCAAAGAUGAUGUCAAUGAAUAGCAAACAGCCACACUUCGCCAUGCAUCCGAGUUUACCUGAGCACAAAUACACCACUCUGCAUUCCAGCUCGGAAGCGAUAAGAAGAGCCUGUCUGCAAGCUCCACAGCUGCAGAGUAACAUAUUCGCCAGCCUGGAUGAGACCCUCCUGGCCCGCGCCGAAGCUCUGGCGGCCGUGGACAUCGCAGUGUCCCAGGGCAAGACGCACCCUUUCAAGCCGGACGCCACCUACCACACCAUGAACAGCGUGCCAUGCGCCUCCAACUCCACGGUGCCACUGGCCCACCACCACCACCAUCACCACCACCACCACCACCCCAACAUGGAACCCCCGGACCUCAUGGACCACAUCAACUCCCCAUCCUUAGCGCUCAUGUCCAGCCACGACGGCUCCGGGGGCGGGGGUGGAGGAGGUGGUGGCGGGCUGAUCUCCACCUCUGCCCACCCUCACUCACACAUGCAUGGCUUGAGCCACCUCUCUCACCAGGCCGCCAUGAACAUGAAUUCCCCUCUCACCCACCACGGUCUUUUACCUGGCCACCACGGAGGGGGCCAGGGCGGGCCAGGACUCAAUAACAACGGGCUUUCCUCUAUAAAUGACUCGGACACGGACCCCAGGGAGUUAGAGGCGUUCGCGGAGCGCUUCAAGCAGAGGCGGAUCAAGCUGGGGGUGACCCAGGCGGACGUUGGCAAUGCGCUGGUUAACCUGAAGAUACCCGGCGUGGGAUCGCUAAGCCAAAGCACCAUUUGUCGGUUCGAAUCGUUGACUCUGUCCCAUAACAACAUGAUAGCGCUCAAACCCAUCCUUCAGGCGUGGCUCGAGGAGGCCGAGGGCGCGCAGAGAGAGAAACUCAACAAACCGGACAUUUAUAGCGGAGGGGAAAAGAAACGGAAGAGAACGUCGAUAGCGGCACCGGAAAAGAGGUCUUUGGAGGCGUACUUCGCCGUACAACCUCGCCCGUCGUCCGAGAAGAUAGCGGCUAUCGCUGAAAAGUUGGACCUGAAAAAGAACGUGGUUCGAGUAUGGUUUUGCAACCAAAGACAAAAACAGAAACGGUUAAAAUUCUCCGCUUGUCACUGACUAUAGGCUGUUGAUGGGUUAAAAACAAGAAAAAAAUGUUGAGAGACUGAAUUUGGGGACCAAGGUCUUCUUUUGUCGCCAACGGUUUUAAAACUUGGGUGCAAAAAAACAAUGACCAUUUAAAUACUACGCACAUUUUAUGAAGCUUCAUAUCUCUGUUCUAGUUUAUUUUCACGUUAUUGGUGAAUGUGAAGUAUGCAAAUAUCUGAAAAUCCUCGAGACGAAACUCGCGCAGUGGUUCUGAGAGGAAACUAUAUAUUACCGAUAUCAACUUUGCCUUUUUAAAAACAUUGUGGAAAAAAAAAAGUUUAUUUUGCUUUAGCGAGUUAUUUGAUUUGAAAUAUUAUAUAGCCAUUUACGAAUUACCUCAUUGUUGAACUCUAUUUUGUUUGGUUAAUUUAUAAUAAGCUUAUAUACAAUUAUUUAUUUAUGUAUUGAUUUCUGUAUUUAUUUGUGAUAACAUUUGGGGGCUGCUGUGAACUCUGUUUUUAAAAUAAUUUAGCAAACUUCAUAAAAACAAGAAACCCAAUAUUGCAGAGGCCUGAAUGAGAUAUCCGUCCUUUCGCUUCUGAAUGUGAAAGUAAAGGCUAUUAAAUUAUCACAUAUUUAUUUUAAAUUUGCACUAACAUUUAAGCAGUAAUUUGGUUUGUUUAUAUUGGUUAUUAUUAUGUCCAAAUGUAUGUAGUGAUGUUUGUAAUAUAUAUAUAUAUAUAUAUUACAAACAUCACUUUCUCACUACAACUCAGUCCCGAGGUUUCAAAGAUAAAGUAUUUUGCUAUUGGCUUUUUUUCACAACGAAAAACCCCCGUCAAGAUCAAAAACAUUAACUCGCAUGAUUCAGACGUAUACUUGACUAUUACAUUCUGGGGGGAAAAGAAUGAUCACAAUGAAAAAAAUAUCACAUUUUCUUUUGUGUACUUUGUUUUGCAGUGCAAACAUUCUAUGCAUUGGAUAAAAACACUACAUAAAGUAUCUACUGGUAGAGCUGUGUGGAGGUGGAACUAUGUCACUGUUAAUGCCUGUUUUUCACAUUAAGACACAACGUUGUUUCUCGUGUUAAUUGUUCAAAAAAUAACUUUGCUUGUGAGUAAGAUUUUACUUGUGCACAAGUAUGUUUACAAACUGCGACGGCCACACGUGCGUGCAUAAUGAAAUGUCCCACGUGUCCUCCUGUCACUGACGUUUGACGAAUUCCUUCCUUCCUUCCUUCCUUCCUUCCUUCCUUCCUUCCUUCCUUCCUUCCUUCCUUCCUUCCUUC